AUGGAGUCAUACUCCCCAGAGAAGCACGAUGCUUCUGGUUCUCGGUCCGAGGAGAAACCAGACGCUGAACAGGUCGACAGGCCAACAGAGCCAGUCACGCUUGCGUCGUUUGUGCAUCUGAAUGAGAAGGCUAUUCUUCGCAAGAUGGAUAUCCGGCUCAUCCCCGUGCUUGCUCUCCUGUACCUCCUCUCCUUCCUCGACCGCGGGAAUAUCGGCAACGCAAAGAUCGAGGGCUUGCAAGAGGACCUCAACCUCACCAACGACGAAUACAACUGGUGCCUGACCGCCUUCUUCUUUACCUACGCCGCCUUCGAAGUUCCGAGCAACCUCAUGCUCAAAAAGGUCAGGCCAUCCAUUUGGCUGCCUGCCAUCAUGGUCGCAUGGGGCGUUGUCAUGACCUUGAUGGGCAUCGUCAGGAAUUACACGGGCCUGUUGACGGCACGCAUCUUUCUCGGCGUCACGGAAGCCGGCCUCUUCCCCGGCGUGGCCUACUACCUGACCAAUUGGUACAGACGGGAUGAAAUGCAGCUGCGUCAGGCUAUGUUCUUCAGUGCUGCGUCCGUUGCGGGUGCCUUCAGCGGGCUCCUGGCGUUCGCGAUUGGGAAGAUGGACGGCAUCGGAGGGUUGCACGGGUGGCAAUGGAUAUUUAUUCUCGAGGGGAUUGCCACUGUUUUGGUCGCCGGCAUCGCCUUCUUCGUUCUGCACGACUACCCCGGUACAUCGCGGUUCUUGACUGAAGAAGAACGAGCAUUCGUCGUCUACCGCCUCAAAUACCAAGGACAUGAUCCUUCUCGUGCACAGGUUGCACAGGCUGAAGAGUUUAAAAUGAAAUAUGUAGCGCAAGCCUUCCUGGAUUGGCAGAUUUGGGUCAACAUCUUCGUCUACUGGGGCAUUGUUUGUCCUCUCUACGGAAUCAGCCUCUUUCUGCCGACUAUUAUUCGAACUCUCGGAUACGAAAGUAGUGAGGCGCAGCUCAUGACUGUUCCCAUCUACAUCACCGCCGCCAUCCUAGCCGUUGUGGUUGCGUACUUCUCUGACCGAGUGGGGAAGCGGAGUCCGUUCAUCAUCGUCCUCAUGCUAAUAAUGGUCGUCGGCUUUUCGAUGUGCAUCAGCUCUACCAACCCCCGUGUCGUAUACGGCGGCGUCUUCGUGGCUGCCUGUGCCAUUUACCCAGCCUUCCCUGGCGUGAUCGCAUGGCUGUCAAAUAAUCUUGCUGGAUCGCUCAAGCGUUCGGCAGGCAUGGCAUUGCAAAUCGGCGUUGGCAAUCUCGGUGGCGCCAUGGCUUCAAACUUCUACCGGGCGAGAGACGCCCCUCAUUACAAGCUUGGGCACGGCUUGGAGCUCGGGUUUAUUGGGGCCGGGCUUAUUGCCUCCUUCAUAUUGCUUGCCGGCUACAGUGCGGCAAACAAGAAGCGAGAGAAGAGGAUGAACGAAGGAGCAAUCGAUUCGUACACGUCGGCGGAGCUCUCGGCAAAGGGAGACAAGGCGAUCACAUUUCGCUAUGUGUAUUGA